AUGGCAUCAGAGAUCCACAGGCCAGGCCCAGUGUGCCUCAUUGAGAACACUAAAGGGCAUCUGGUGGUGAAUUCAGAAGCUCUGGAAAUCCUGUCUGCCAUUACACAGCCUGUAGUAGUGGUGGCAAUUGUGGGCCUCCACCGCACAGGCAAAUCCUACCUGAUGAACAAGCUGGCUGGGAAGAACAAAGGCUUCCCUCUGGGCUGCACAGUGAUGUCUGAAACCAAAGGCAUCUGGAUGUGGUGUGUGCCCCAUCCCUCCAAGCCAAACCACACCCUGGUCCUUCUGGACACGGAGGGCCUGGGUGAUAUGGAAAAGUUGGAUGAAUUAUAA